CCAUCUAAUAGAAGGUACACAGUUGGGAAGACAGUUGUGGGACACGCAGCACCCCGGGGGCACUCCGGGUCCAGGAACUUCCAAGCCGGCCCGAUUUUCUGCGGCUGUUUAAGGAGUAGCGCUUCGGUAGCCGGGGAGCUGGAGGGGAACCCGAUUUGAGAUCAAUUCUUGGAGAACACAAAGAAGUGUGGUGGUAUGUUCCAGCUGAUAAUGCUAGAACUCUGAAUGUAGAUUCUGCUGCAAUGACGCUACCUGUGUCUGAUCCAACUGCAUGGGCCACAGCAAUGAAUAAUCUCGGGAUGGCUCCACUGGGAAUUGCUGGACAACCAAUAUUGCCUGACUUUGAUCCUGCCCUUGGAAUGAUGACUGGAAUACCACCAAUAACUCCAAUGAUGCCUGGUUUGGGAAUAGUACCUCCUCCAAUUCCUCCAGAUAUGCCUGUAGUAAAGGAAAUCAUACACUGCAAAAGCUGCACACUCUUCCCUCCCAACCCAAAUCUCCCUCCACCUGCAACACGAGAAAGACCCCCAGGCUGUAAGACAGUAUUCGUGGGUGGCCUGCCUGAAAAUGGGACAGAGCAGAUCAUCAUAGAAGUGUUUGAGCAGUGUGGAGAGAUCAUUGCUAUCCGGAAGAGCAAAAAGAACUUCUGUCACAUUCGCUUUGCUGAGGAGUACAUGGUGGACAAAGCCCUCUAUCUGUCUGGUUACCGAAUUCGCCUGGGCUCUAGUACUGACAAGAAGGACACAGGCCGGCUCCAUGUUGACUUUGCCCAGGCUCGGGAUGACUUAUAUGAAUGGGAGUGUAAACAGCGUAUGCUAGCAAGAGAGGAGCGGCACCGUAGACGGAUGGAAGAAGAAAGAAUGCGUCCACCAUCUCCACCCCCAGUGGUCCACUAUUCAGACCAUGAAUGCAGCAUUGUUGCUGAAAAACUAAAAGAUGAUUCCAAAUUUUCAGAAGCUGUGCAGACCUUGCUCACCUGGAUCGAGAGGGGGGAAGUAAACCGCCGCAGUGCUAAUCACUUCUACUCCAUGAUCCAGUCAGCCAACAGCCAUGUCCGCCGACUGGUGAAUGAGAAAGCUACCCAUGAGAAAGAAAUGGAAGAAGCAAAAGAGAAGUUUAAGCAUGCCCUUUCUGGAAUUCUCAUUCAAUUUGAGCAGAUAGUAGCUGUGUACCAUUCCGCUUCCAAACAGAAGGCAUGGGACCACUUCACAAAAGCACAACGUAAAAACAUCAGUGUUUGGUGCAAACAAGCUGAGGAAAUUCGCAACAUUCAUAAUGAUGAAUUAAUGGGAAUCAGGAGAGAAGAAGAAAUGGAAAUGUCUGAUGAUGAAAUGGAAGAGACAACAGAAACAAAAGAAACAGAGGAAUCAGCCUUAGCGUCACAGGCAGAAGCUCUGAAGGAGGAAAAUGAUAGUCUCCGAUGGCAACUGGAUGCCUACCGGAAUGAGGUAGAACUGCUCAAGCAGGAACAAGGCAAAGCCCUCAGGGAGGAUGACCCAAACAAGGAGCAGCAGCUGCAACUUCUGCAACAAGCCCUACAAGGGAUGCAACAGCAUCUGCUCAAAGUCCAAGAGGAAUACAAAAAGAAAGAAGCUGAACUUGACAGAAUCAAAGAUGACAAGUUACAGGUGGAAAAACUGUUGGAAAAUCUUCAUGAAAAGCAGGAAAACUGUACUUCUAGACUGUGUGCAGCAAGCCAAGAAAGUGACCAACCUCCUGAGAAGAUUGUAAUCGGCAAUCCUGUCAAAUCUGAACGUGAGGCACUGCUAGUGGGGAUUAUCUCCACAUUCCUUCACGUUCACCCAUUUGGAGCAAGCAUUGAAUACAUCUGUUCCUACUUGAAUCGUCUUGAUAAUAAGAUCAGCACCAGUGAUGUGGAAUCUCUCAUGAGUAGACUCCGGCAUACCUUCAGACAGGAAAUGACCGGAGUUGGAGCCAGCCUAGAGAAGAGAUGGAAAUUCUGUGGUUUUGAGGGCUUGAAGCUGACCUAAAGCCCUUUGCCUAAGAAUUUGGGAUCCUGAGAAUAAACAUGUGCUGGACAAGCUUAGGAUAUGAUUCUUUGUUCUCGGUGGUUUUCAAGUGGACAUUGCUUUCAAUUUGUCAGUUCAUUCCUUAAUAUCUUUGAAGUUAAAAUAAGGAUCCUAGAAUAGCAUCUCAAGCUACAGGUCCUAAAAAGAAAUUGCCUCAAACCUCAAGUGCUGUAACUUCCUCCUAUUUCUGGCAAUUGGUUGACUUUUCUUAUAAAUAAUAGUGAAAAAUUCCUGAGACUAAAGUGUAUUUGGAGUGUUUUCAGUGUCUGUACUACUGUUGUAGACCUUGUACUUUUUCACGCUGUUAACUGCAAUGUUUUGAUGAUUUGUAUGUGUUUUGUGUUUCCAGAUUUCUCUUCAUGUGUUGCUACUGGUAAAAGGAGUGUGAGGGGUGCUAGGAAGCCCCUGUAACUGCCUUUUUCAUCUGCAGUAAACACUAAAUGAAUUAUCCAUCCGUGUCUUCUACAAGGUGCUUUACCAGUUCACCUUUGAAAUAAAGAAGCAUGAACUGUGGCUUUUUGUAAAAAUACUGUGAACCAAAAGUUGACAAACGUUCCAAAGUUAUUUUCUCUAAUAGAUAAAACAUCUAUUUCAGAAUAUUAAAACAAGAAAUCUAGAUGGAUUCAUGGAAAGUCUUCAGUAUGACUACCGUGUUUGUGCUUUUCAGAACUACUUGUACAUAGUCUGCUUUUAAAAGAGGGCAUGUUUAGUUUUCUAUGAAUUAAAAUGCAGUCAGGCGUGGGCACAUGUGCACACACAUUGGCAGAAGGGAUUUAUUUUGAUAGUCCUUUCCCUCUGGCCUUCCUCCCAGUCUGUUGGUCCCCUUUUUCCUGCUGUUAGUGUGUUGAAUUGCAAACUGCGUACUGCUGUAAAUACUGUUUACUUCGUGCUGGAUGUUUGUAAAGAACUGAUGUGAGUAUUGAAAGUAAAGAACUAAUGAAUAAAUGAUGGCCUGGGGUGUGAGGCUUCCUGCACAUGCGUCAGCUCCACCCAGAAAGCUGACUAACAGGGACACCUCUGCUUCACUCAUAUUGCAAUAGCCUCGCCAAGUGUAAGUGAACCAUUCAGAAAGUCCUGCUUGGUAGGAAAAGAAAACAAAGGGUAGACUUGGAUGGAGGCUGUUCCCCAGAGGUAUAAAUGGUCUUUAUUAUUUUCUGUGGUGGUGAUGGUGGCACUUCUAAUUACACAAGCAUGCCCUCCCUUGAGCUCCAUUGAAGGUAAGAGAAUACACUGAAUGAGUGUAGCCAGUAAGAGUAUUUCCUGAAAAUACUUUGCAAAUGAGAUGUGAUUGGUGUUCAAAGAUGUAUUUUUAAAAUAUAAAUUUUCCUUUUUAUACCUCA